AUGUCCAGCCCAACACAAAGUGCCGCGCUCCCAGCGCCCGCUGCGUCCAAGAAGCAGCAGCCGUAUCCCUUUUGGCUCGGCGGCGUCGCAGCGACGAUCGCCGCGUCCAUAACACAUCCACUCGACUUGACCAAGGUCCGCCUCCAAGCGUCGGGUGACAAGCGCAUGGUCGAGAGCAUACGCAAGACAGUCCGAACAGCCGGCGUCCGCGGCCUCUUCGACGGCAUCUCCGGCACCUGGAUGCGCCAGAUGUCCUACUCACUGUGCCGCUUCUGGGCGUACGACGAGAGCAAGAAGCUCCUCGGCGCCGGACCCGGUGCGCCUGCGUGGAAGCUCGCGGCCGCGGGAAGUAUGGCGGGCGGCAUCGCCGGAUUAGUGGGCAACCCUGGAGGUAAGCACAUGUCCGGGCCAGUGCGCUUGCAGGGCGACUUUGCGAAGGCGCCUGAGAAGCGGUUCAAUUACAAGCACUGCUUCGACGCGCUGUUCCGCAUGGUCCGCGAGGAAGGCGUAGGCUCGCUUGCGCGCGGCGUCGGCCCGAACGUGUUCCGUGCCGUGCUGAUGAACGCCAGCCAGCUCGCGUCGUACGACUUCUUCAAGUCGGAGCUCCUCAAGAGCGGGCAUUUCCAGGAUAAUAUAUAUUGUCAUUUUACGGCGAGCUUUGCUGCGGGAACGGUCGCGACGACGGUGUGCUCGCCGGCGGAUGUGCUCAAGAGUCGGAUCAUGAACGCUUCGGGGCCUGGGUCGAACUCCACGAUGCAGGUGAUCCGGCAGUCGCUGCGCACCGAGGGCGCGAUGUUCAUGUUCAAGGGCUGGCUCCCCGCGUGGACGCGGCUGCAGCCAACGACGAUCCUCAUCUUCCUGACGCUCGAGCAGCUCAAGAACGCCGUGGAUGUCGUCAGGGGGACGGAGCGCACGUGAGCGGCGAGAUGGGUGUGUAGGGAGCUAAGGGUGGCGAAGGGGGGCGAGCUAUGUACUGCAUGGCGGAGAGAGUGGUAGGAAAGCUCGGUGUACUUGUAGAGGCGGGACGGCGCGCGCGCGUUUGCUACCCCGUCCGCUGGCGGCCUCGUGAUCUGAGGAUAUUAUGUUGGUGUACUGUGCUAUGUGUCUUAGUGUACUGUUAUUUUUUUUACGCGUUACAACUUACGAGCGACGUGAUCUUUCGCGG